GACUCUGCCCUCCCGGAGUAUGAGCUGGAGGACAAUAUGGACAGAACGGUCAACACUCUGUAUCAGGCAUGUGCUAAGAACCAGGCAAAGUCCCUGUGCAAAUUCCUAGACCGGGGCGUAACUCAGGAAGAAGUCAUGGAGCUGGACACCAAUGGCAGGAACGGCCUUAUGUUGGCAGUUUCCAAAGGCUAUGUAGAUGUUGUGUACGGCCUGAAUCAGUGUCCAUUUCUGGAUAUUAAUCAUCAGGAUAAUGACGGAAACACAGCUCUCAUGAUUGCAGCACAAGCUGGUUUUGUGACUAUCCUAACCUACAUUCUGAAUUACUAUUCCGGUGUGGACAUUGAGCUCAGAGAUCACAGAGGUUUCACUGCUCUCAUUAAAGCAGCCUUGCAGGGCAACAACGACUGUGUGGCCUCACUGCUCAUGGCUGGUGCAGAUAUAAAUUCAGUAGAUGCGACACAGAGGAAGGAUGUAAGAGAAUGGGCGCUAAAAACAGGACACUUUGAAACUUUUACAAGACUGAAGCAACUGUUCAAUCGGCCUCGUGCAGAGCAGUUCUGUGAAACCUACGUCCCGGAGUGGCCAGAUCUUAAAGAGCUGGUACGAAAAGCCACAACCACAAAAAGUGCAGGGCAGAAGGUCGCCUGUUGUUUGAAAUCCACAUUCACGUUCAGUUUUCCACAAGAUCCUCAGGACAACGGUGUCCUGGAUCACAUGGUGCGCAUCACCACAAGCAUCCACAGUCCGCUGGUAGUCACUGGUUGCCAUCCACUCUGUCCCUCGAGCCCCCCAGAGAUCGGCAAAAGGUAUUUAGCCAUGAGUGGACUGGUGCAGUCAAACCCAAACCAGAAACUUAACAGCCACAUGAUACACAACAGCAAUGGUUCCAUCUUCUCAGAAUCCUCCACCAUCAGUUCCGGAUCAUCAAUAUCUCUGUCCUCAUGCUACUCAAAGCCAGAGAGUAAGAGCAGCAUGUUCUCCUUGGCUUCCAGCAGAAUGCUUAAACUGGUCCCACGCAGCAUAGCUCGCCAUAACAGCGUCUUCCCUGCAAGCUGCAUCCCUCAAAUCAAAGUGACCAAGUCAGCUGACCCAACACCCAAGAAGGAAAAGAAAAGGAAGAUGUCAAGAGGUUACCUGGAGCCACCUGUUUGGAAGUACAAGGAGGCGAAAAUGGAGAAGAAAAAAGAGAAGAAGCGGCUGGAGAGAGAGAAGGCUCAUAAGAUGCAGAUGGAAAAAACUGCCAAGAAAAAGUCGAAAAAUUGAUAAGAAACUUAUCAUCACACACAUUUAUCUAGAAUUUUACUUCCCAUAAUAUGCUGAGCUAAAAAAAAAUCUAAUGAGACAGAUAGUGGCUCUGUUAAAUGUAAUUGUGUGUUGUUUUGGUUAUUUUUUUUUUAUUGCUGUGAAGUACGGUACGCUGCCAGAUGUUUGCAGAAGUUUAUUCUCCAAAUAGCCAUGAGAAGAAGACCUUUAUUACACAAUAAUGACAGCUCAGAGAUACAGGAUUAGAAUGCAUGUUAUUUCAGUUUAUGAGUAAAUCAUUUGCAAAUAGAGUCCUAUUUAUUAUUUCAAGUGCUUGCUAUAGUUAUAUGAUGU